AUGUUAGCGGACACGGGCGCGACGCUCAGUCUCGUCGACUUCCGUGUUCUGAAGCGUCUGGGCCGAGCUGGUGAAGCUCUGAAGGCUUACGACGGGCAUGUACGCAGUUCGUCUGGACACCGUCUGCGCAUUCGGGGGUGGAUCACUCUCCCCCUAAUGCUGGGCAAGGUCGGGGCGACCAUGCGGAUGCUCGUGGCCGACAAGUUGCAUGUGGACGCUAUCUUGGGCGUCGACGCGCUGGGCGCGCGGAGCAAGCACUUAUCGUUGGGCGUGAUGGUGGUCCACGAAUCGUUCAUGGCCACGAUGGCCGUGUCCGUCCGCUUGCCGCCUAGGGGACAGGCCCUGGUGGUCGCGGAUGUGGUGGGCGAUGCCCCGAACGCGACCGUCCUCGUCGAGGGCUCUUUCAACUUGCCGCCUUCGCUUUGCGUGGCGAGAACGCUCUGUACUGUGGACGACGGUCGAGUCGUCGUGGAGAUCUGCAACGCAUCGACAGAAGAGUUCUGGAUCAAGAAGGGCACGGUGGUGGCCUCGACGUCCGUGAUGCCCGAGUCGGCGUUUGGCUUUGAGCAGCCGUCAGCGGAGAAGUCCGAAGGGGCGCCCUGCCGUCCGCCCGAGACUAGCGGGGCGGCCACCGUUGCUGCCAGUCGUGAAGAAGAGGUAAAGGGGCCGGAUCUCGGCGAGACUGUGAGGGCGUCGAGGCCCGAUGUGCCGCCGGACAAG